GCAGAUUUCGCGGUUCAACCAACUGAGGGCAGCACCGUCGAACAAUUUCCGUCAAAAUUCGACUCAGCUGUAGAUGUGCAUCGUUAGCCGUGUCGGAAGCAUGUUCUUUGUUUCGUAACGCCUGGCUCUUGUUGAUCGUCUGGAUGCGUCAAAUGCGUAGCUCGAGCGAGCAUUUUGUCGUCAAACCAAAGCAGCCACCGCUUCCAUCACUCUAAGACGAAGGCUGGACAUCUUGGGAGACAUAUACGGCUCCUAGAAUCAACGACCUUCAAAACUCGAUGCACACAAACGGCCCAAGAUGGGAGAACAAAACGAAGUGCAAAUAGGAACACGGGUGUCUUGUGAUGGCCACUACGGCGUGGUUCGUUACCUCGGACCUGUCAUCGACACCAAAGGCACGUGGAUUGGAAUUGAAUGGGAUGAUCCAAACCGGGGAAAGCACAAUGGCUGUCACAACGGUGUGCAGUACUUUAACACCAGGUCCGAGACCGGCGGAUCGUUCAUCCGUCCCCAGAAGUUGGACGAGACGUUGAGUGUUCCAGACGCAAUGCGGAGCAAGUACUUCGCAACGCUGCCUUGUCCGGACGGUUCCAAGGACGUGCUGUUGAUGGAGGCGCCGCGUUGCAACCGCAUUGUGGAGUUCGUCGGUCCGGAGAAAGUGUCCAUGAUGCUGAGUCGAGGGGAGACCAUCGUCGAAGCGUCGCUGUCCCACAUGCCGGUGGAUCGUGCCGGCGACUUGGGAGAGGUGGCGCAGCUGGUUCCGAACCUGCGCUACCUGGACCUGAGCCACACCCUGCUGGCGACCUGGGAGCAAGUGGCGGAGGUCACGAGGCCAAUGAGCAGGCUCGUCUCCCUCAACCUCAGCAAGAAUGUGCUGGAACUUCCCAAGAGUGCGGCGGAACUGCGGGACGCCUUCAAGACCCUGCGGCAGAUGGUGCUACGGGACGUCGGGUACAGCUGGGACCAGGUUCUGCAUUGUGCCGAAAUGUGGCCCUGGGUGGAGGACCUGGUGGUGUCCCUGAACGGCAUCGACGUGCUAAGGACCCCUCCCGACUCGCUGUUCGGCCAGCUGCGGCACCUGUCCUUGCAGGAGAACCCCAUCGCCUCCUGGGACACCGUCUGCAAGCUCGGACACCUUCCCAAGUUGGAGCAGCUGACACUGGCAGACUGCGACCUGACCAGCAUCGCGUUUCCCGAAACUGCACCGGGUGAGAAGACUCCUCUCUUUGCCAGCCUGGUUGCCCUGAACCUGAGGAACAACCGGCUAGAAGAAUGGAGCAGCCUAGUGGAACUGGACAAGCUUGCCCGGCUAGACGACCUCAUCGUCAACGGGAAUCCGGUCACGGUGCGGGAGCGCCGUCACGUGACACGCUCCCUCCUGCUGGCGCAGCUCGGGAACCUCAAGUUGCUCGACAGGACGGAGAUCAGCAAGAUGGAGCGUAGAGAGGCUGGACUGUUCUACGUGAACCGAGUCUUCCCCCUCUGGAUCCAGUGCGGAGGCACGCCCGAGGGGGAGGGCACGCCCACUGCAGAGUUCACCAGGCUCCACCCGAGGUUCCGCGCUCUUCUCAAGAUCUAUGGGGCACCGAUUGAAAGCUCACAGAAUGCGGUGCAACCCAACAUCAAGAAUCAACUUAUCACUGUGGAAAUUGUGGCACCUCAAGAUCCGGACAAGGGUUCAAUCCGGAAAAGACUUCCUGUCUCCAUGACGGUCGAGAAGCUGAAAGCAGUCGUGAUGCAGCUGUACCCCCGGAAAGGCAGUCGCCUUCGUCUGUCUUUCGCCCACUCCGAGCAAGGCAAGGAGAGCAUAUUCAACAAAGAGCGCCAGAGCCUCCAUUUUUACGACAUCAUGGAUGGCAGUCGCAUCUACGUUCGCUGGUAGGCGGUCGCUGGAAGAUUGUGCAGGUGAAAGACCUGAAAGGAGAAAACACUGCAGCAUCUCAAGUUUCGCACCGACGCUUGUGUCCGUGGACAAUGUUUCAGAGAAUGGCGUCAGCGCGGCACGGCACUCGGUGUCAACAUGGUGUUCAGCAACAUCUGCCUGCAGACAUUGUGAGCCUCGAAGACCGGCUGGGUCGUUGCGUCGAUCAUUGGUGGCAUCGGACAAAAUCCCAAGCCGCGUCAUGCUUGGUCAUUAAAGGCUAUAAUGCAUGCUUUAGACGUCAUAAAAUAAUGUGAAACUGAGGGCGAGUGGCAUAUGUGCACUUGGUUGUUCGAACGCUUCGAAGCCUUCUGCUGGGCUGGUCUAGAUUACAGAGUGAAAGAUUAGGAGGUGUAAGAAGUGCUGUGGAUGUACCGUGUAUGGAGGGUUCUUAAAGAGGUGAUGCAGCAAUCUUCGAAAGAAUGUGCAGUUUUAAAGUUUUACAUUGUUUAUCUUACCAAAAGGAAUAGAGAAACUGACCGAUUCUUUUGAAAUAUUGCGAUUCUGUUGCAUAAUAGCAAGAAAAAGAAUGGGAAUAUUUUGAGAUUUGCAGCCACGGGGUGGCGUUCAUGUAAACUAAGGUGUGAUGCACAAUGGUUAUAAUGCAAUGAGUUGAUGAGAUGUGCCAUUAUGUGCUCAAUCUCAUGCUAUGUUUGAUCAAUAUUGUUGUUUCAACAUGAGUAAAUGCGUCAAAUAUGAUUGA